AUGUUAAGAUUUUCUCUCCUAAUAUUGUUUCUUUUUCUUCUACUGGGUAUCUGCAAUUUCUCUGUGGCUGCAGGGGUUGAAAAGGAAUUAGUGCCGAAGUUGGAGAAGAGGACCUUCAUCGUCCACAUGGCAAGGUCCAAAAUGCCGGCGAGCUUCGACGAGCACACACAAUGGUACGCCUCGAAUCUGAAAUCUGUGUCGGAAUCAGCAGAAAUGCUCUACACAUACAACAACGUCAUCCAUGGCUUCUCCACUCGGCUCACGGACCAGGAGGCAAAGUCACUCGAAGGCCUACAUGGGAUUCUCGCCGUCUUGCCUCAAGUGAGAUACGAGCUUCAUACCACUCGGACUCCCGAGUUUCUGGGGCUCAACAAGUACGAAGGGUUAAUGCCCGAAUCUGCCUCGGCGAGCGAGAUUAUAGUCGGAGUUCUUGACACAGGUGUCUGGCCUGAAAGCCAGAGCUUCGACGACAAGGGACUCGGCCCUGUACCGAGUAAUUGGAAAGGCCAGUGCGAGGAAGGUAACAACUUCAACGCCUCAAGUUGUAACCGGAAACUGAUCGGAGCGAGAUUUUUCUCCAAAGGAUACGAGGCCACGCUGGGUCCCAUUGAUGAAACCAAAGAAUCGAAAUCGCCGAGGGAUGAUGACGGCCACGGCACCCACACGUCGACCACGGCGGCAGGUUCAGUUGUGGAAGACGCGAGCCUCUUCGGGUACGCCCAAGGAGUAGCACGAGGCAUGGCCUCACAUGGCAGAGUUGCUGUCUAUAAGGUGUGCUGGAUGGGAGGAUGUUUCAGUACAGACAUUAUGGCUGGAAUGGAUAAAGCCAUAGAAGAUGGGGUGAACGUCAUCUCCAUGUCGCUGGGCGGUGGGAUGACCGAUUACUACAGAGACAGUAUCGCCAUGGGAGCUUUUGCUGCUAUGGAGAGAGGCAUUCUCGUGUCUUGCUCCGCUGGAAACGCCGGCCCUUCUCCCUACAGCUUAUCCAACGUCGCCCCUUGGAUAACCACUGUUGGUGCGGGAACCUUGGACCGUGACUUCCCUGCGUAUGUUACGCUCGGCAACGGCAAAAACUUCUCCGGAGUGUCUCUCUACAGUGGAAACCAAUUGUCUAAUUCGUUACUACCGCUCAUCUACGCCGGCAACGCCAGCAACGUUUCCAACGGGAAUUUGUGCAUGACGGAAACUUUGAUACCGUCCAAAGUUGCCGGAAAGAUCGUUUUGUGUGAUCGGGGAGUCAAUGCUAGGGUUCAGAAAGGAGCCGUGGUAAAACAAGCCGGUGGUGUAGGGAUGAUUCUUGCCAACACGGCUACCAACGGAGAAGAGCUUGUCGCCGACGCCCAUCUCUUGCCGGCAACAACGGUGGGUGAGAAGGCCGGUGACUUGAUAAAGCAGUAUCUCUCCUCAGAUACUAAUCCGACGGCCUCGAUUGUUUUCAGAGGCACAAAAGUGGGGAUUCAACCAUCACCGGUGGUUGCAGCGUUCAGUUCGAGAGGACCAAAUUCGAUCACGCAGGAGAUACUCAAACCGGACAUUCUCGCACCAGGUGUCAACAUCCUAGCGGGAUGGACAGGUGCUGUAGGACCUACUGGCCUAUCCACUGACACGAGACGGGUUGGAUUCAACAUCAUAUCAGGUACAUCGAUGUCAUGCCCACACGUGAGCGGUGUCGCAGCGCUCCUCAAGGCGGCGCAACCUGAUUGGAGCCCCGGAGCCAUCCGUUCGGCCCUCAUGACAACAGCCUACACCACCUACAAAACUGGCGCAAAGAUAGAAGACCUCGCUACAGGAAGUGCAGCAACGCCGUUCGAUUACGGAGCAGGACACGUGGAUCCAGUUACUGCCCUUGAUCCGGGUCUCGUCUAUGACCUCACCGUCGAUGAUUACAUUGGUUUCCUCUGCGCUUUAAACUACAGCGAAACACAGAUCUCACUCGUGGCGAAGAGGAACUUCACGUGCGAUACGAACAAGAAGUACAGCGUCACUGAUCUCAACUACCCUUCUUUCAGUGUCGUGCUCCAGACAGCAAUUGAUGGCGGUGGCGGUAGCGGUAGCGGUAGCGGUAGCAGUACCAGUAAGUCGACCGUCGUUAAGCAUACAAGGACGCUGACGAAUGUGGGCAGCCCUGGAACGUAUAAGGUGUCCUUAUCUUCAGAGACGCAGUCGGUGAAGAUAUCUGUUCAACCUGAAUCUUUGACUUUCAGUGCAGCAAAUGAGAAGAAGAUGUACACAGUAACGUUCACUGCAACUUCGAUGCCUUCAGGGACGAACAGCUUUGGUCAUCUCGAAUGGUCCGACGGCAAGCAUAUCGUGGGUAGCCCUAUUGCAUUUAGUUGGACGUGAUCGUUGAAAUGCCCUGUUAUUAAUUUAUUCUCUGUUUAGAUAUAUUAUCCGGCCAGCAAAGAAGGUCGGUUUAGUGUUUGAUGUUUGUUCUCUGAGAAGAAGGAAACACGAAAAUCCAGAAAA